AUGGACAAGGUUGAUGAUGAAACGCAAACCAAGUGGAAAGAGUCAUUAGACUUCACAACGCUUCCAACAUGGGAAGAGUGUGCAAAGGUGCUUGAGCGUCGCUGUCAGUUUUUAGAAUCCGCAUCUGGCACUCUCGCAUUUGGUGACUCCGUAAAACCAGGCAACAAACCAGACAGCAAGAACAAGUCUUCGCGUAAGGGUUAUUCAUUUUCGUGCACAAAACGCUCUUGCGUCUUAUGUUCCAGUUCAGAGCAUUUGAUUGCCAGCUGUUCACGUUUUAAACAGAUGGAGGUUGCAGAUCGCUUUAGGGAGGUAAAACGACUAGGUCUGUGCCUGAAUUUUCUGUCACCAAAACACCAGUUAGCACAUUGUUCGUCGGCAUUUAAAUGUAAACAUUGUGCGCGUUCACACCAUAGCCUUUUGCAUCGCACUACCAGCUCCAAUAAUGCACAGUCAACAUCGAUCUCCACAUCCCUGGUCGAGCAAUUAAUGCAACCUGUAUGUACAGCAGCAGCACACACACACCGCGAAAAAUCGCCACAAGACCAAGUCAUACUGGCAACAGCUGUGGUAUUUGUACGAGAUGCGUGUGGCCGCUAUCAAUUGGGUAGGGCGCUACUCGACUCAUGUUCCCAGGUAAACUUUGUUACCGAAGAGUUCUCCCAAAAAUUGCGUCCACCAAAGGAAAGGCAUCGCAUUGAGAUACAGAGCAUCGGAGAUUCGGUAACAAACAUAAAACACAAAACGUCAACCACUGUCAAGUCUAGGGUAUCUGGCUAUGAGAUACCUUUGUCGUUUUAUGUGACUUCGCACAUCGCGUACCAGCCAGAGACUGAAAUCGACAUUACGUCUUGGAACUUGCCUUCCAAUAUUGAGCUCGCUGAUGACAAUUUCUUCAAGUCAACACAUGUGGAUAUACUCAUCGGUACAGAAAUCUUUUUCGAUAUUUUAUCUGUCGGUCAGAUAAAGUUAGCUUCUGAUUUGCCAUCACUGCAGAAGACCCUAUUAGGAUGCGUCGUCUCAGGACGAUACAAAAGGCCAACAACUAUUUCGCCUCCAAUAUGCAUUCUUUCUAUUGAGGAAUCCGUGGAUGCAAAUUUACAACGCCUCUGGAAGCUCGAUGAGGCAUCAACGGCUGACCUAUGGACUACUGAGCAGCAGAAUUGUGUUCGGGAAUACAUGCAGACCGUACAUAGAAACAGCGAGGGAAGGGUUGUUGUCAAGCUGCCAUUUAAGGAGGACCAUAACAGCCUUGGUCAAUCAUACGCUACAGCGCUUCGAAGAUUCCUUGCUCAGGAGCGCCGGUUAGCCCGCUGUCAUGAUCUGAAACAACAAUACAUCGCCUUUAUGGAUGAAUAUCGCGACCUUGGACAUAUGAGCGCAGUCGAGAAAGUCGACCUCAACACCCCAAACUACUAUGUACCCCACCAUUACGUCUUGAAGCCAACCAGCACCACAACUAAGCUCAGAGUCGUCUUUGACGCCUCGUGCAAAAACACUUCGCAAAAAUCGCUUAAUGGCAUAUUAGCCGUCGGGCCUACUCUACAGAACGAGCUGUACAUCUUGCAUUUACGCUUUCGCUUGUUUCAUUACGCACUUACAGCUGAUAUAGUGAAGAUGUACCGUCAAAUUCUAGUGGAUGCAGACGAUAGCAAAUUCCAAAGCAUAUUGUGGAGAACUGAUAUAGUGAAGAUGUACCGUCAAAUUCUAGUGGAUGCAGACGAUAGCAAAUUCCAAAGCAUAUUGUGGAGAAGUACGCCCGAUGACGAAGUUUGCACAUACCAAUUAAAUACAGUGACGUAUGGGAUGGCAUCUGCUCCUUAUCUUGCUGUGCAGAGCCUCAACUACAUUGCUGAUACAUAUGAAGCUAGUUAUCCUAUUGGUGCUAGUGUAGUCAAAACGUCAUUCUAUGUUGACGAUCUACUUUGUGGUUCCGAUACUCUGGCCGAAAUAUCUCGUAUCAAAUACGAAGUCACGGAAGUGCUGAGACGUGGCUGUUUCACUUUGGCCAAGUGGCAUUCAAAUCACCACAUGUUCCGAGAGGAUGACACUAUGAAGGAACUUAACUUGGACGAGAAUCUGACGACCAGCACUUUAG